GUUUUUUUUUCAAUAUUCUUUUGAACGCUCUAUUGGCCACUCCUUUGUCAAAUAAAAAAUGCAUUGAAUUUUGAUGCAUUGAAUUUUGUCACCGCAAGAGAAGCUUUUGGCUGGUAGCUCAAAGGUUAAUCAUCCACGCUGCACCCAUCCACAACAUUGCCCAAUUGCAGAUUCUUAGUCUGUAUUGCCAACACCCAUUUUCUAACAUAAUUCAUUCAUUCAUGUGGAAAUAAUUAUUUCUAACGCAGAAGGAUGAAUCACAGUUGCAAAGUGCAUUGCAAGCUUCAGAUAGAUUUUCCAUUUGUGGGGAUUUAAAUUGCAACAUAUCAAGAGGAAAAGAAUUCCAGGAGGGAAAGCGUCUUGCCCUGAUUAUUUUCCAGUCUUUUUAUCUUGUACGUUGUGAGAGGAGAAAAUCGAUUCUACUCUUCUGUUGAAGAUUCUGGUCAGUGUGACUCAUGGCUGUGCGGUAAACUGAACUGAGACUCAGUGGAAUCACAGAGGGAAUCUUCACGUUUUCUUUUGGCUCUUGUUUGAUCUCCCAACUGCUGAAGAUGCUACUAACAAGAACUCUCCUGUUAUGUUUUCUGUGUUGGUCCAAGUGGAGUUCAUCCAUGGAGAUUCCAGAAGAUGCUUUCAUUCAUGAACUAAUUCAGCAGCCUCCUACUAUAACGGAGCAGUCGCCCAAGAGGCAUGUUGUGUAUCCGACUGAUGAUUUCAUUAUCAAGUGUGAAGCCAGAGGAAAUCCAGCACCCCAUUUUCGGUGGACCAAGGAUGGCAAAGAAUAUGAUCCAUCACAGGACCCCAGAAUGAAUACAACUAUAAACUCGGGGUCAUUUGUGAUGAAAAACAACAAUGGCAAUUUGAACACUUUUCAGGGAAAAUAUCAUUGUUAUGCUAGCAAUGAACUGGGGACAGCAGUAUCUGAGGAAAUUGUUUUCAGCACUGCAACUAUCCCGAGAUUCCCUAAGGAGAGCAUGAAACCCAUUAAGGUGGAGGAAGGGGAGUCUGUGGUGUUACCAUGUAACCCUCCCAAUGGGCCACCACCAUUAAAUAUUUAUUGGAUGACCAGCAAGAUACAACGCAUCCAACAGAACAGCAGAGCAUCCCAAGGACUUAACGGAGACCUUUACUUUUCAAAUGUGCAGUUAACUGACAGUCGGGAUGACUACAUUUGUUUUGCCCAUUUUUCCAGAACGAGAACAAUUGCCCAGAAAGAGCCGAUCAGCCUGAUUGUUACAGCCUUUGCACAUCCCAAUGACACAGAAUCACCUGUUAUUGACAAUGGCCUGUCUGCUGCAAAUUCAAUAAAAGAUCGCCUUCCAAGUUUUCUGGCACCUUCCAGUAGCAGCACAAAGAUAACUACACUACGAGGCGAAACUCUUCAACUGGAAUGUAUUGCUGAAGGGCUUCCAACACCACAGAUCUCUUGGUCUAAAAUGGAUGGUGAAAUGCCCAAACAUAGAGCAACAGAAGAGAAUUUUGGUAAAACUUUGAAGAUAAUUAAUGUGACAUUACUUGAUGACGGGAGAUAUCAGUGCAAGGCUGAAAAUGCAUUUGGAGCCGUGAAGCAUUCUUUCUCUGUUACAGUGGAAGCUGCUCCUUACUGGAUCAAAAAACCCACCAGUAAAGUAUACUUUUCAGGAGAAAAUGCUGAAUUGGAAUGUGAGGUGGAUGGUAAUCCACGACCUGAAGUCCAAUGGAAAGUGAAUGGGAAGCGUCUCGAUGAGACACCACCAGCAAUAAAUCGCAAGAUUUCUCAGGGCGUUAUCACUCUCACAAAUCUGCAGCUGAAUGACAGUGUAGUCUAUCAGUGUGAAGCCUCUAAUAAACAUGGAUCCAUUCUUGUCAACGCAAUUGUCAAUGUCCUGAAUCUUGCCCCGAUGAUGCUGACUCCUGAUAAUCAGCAAUACAUUGCAAUAGAAGGGGGAGUGACUCGUCUUCACUGUAAAGUGUUCGGCUCUCCUAUACCCACUGUAUUCUGGCUAAAGGAAGACAUGGAAACACCACUUGAGGGCCCUAAUUAUUUUGUGCACAAAAAUAAUACUUUGGAAAUAAAGAAUGUUCAGAGGGAAGAUGCUGGAUUCUACACGUGUUGGGCAAUUAAUGAAAUGGGAAAUGAUACAACUACCUGCAUGUUAAAAGUCAGGGUUGCAACAGAAAUAGUGACUCCUCCCAAGGAUCUAAUGAUACAGAAAGCCGCGACGGCCCAGUUUAAAUGUCUUGCUGAAUAUGAUUCUGCUUUUGAAAAUGACUUUGAGUUAUCAUGGAGAAAGGAUGGGUUUGAAAUUUACAGUGACCAGACAGAGAAUGACAGAAUUAUCAUGGAUGAUGAUGUGCUUCAAAUUAUUGAUGUAAGUGAAGAUGAUGAAGGGACUUACACUUGUGUCGCUAGAACUUCCAUGGACAGUGAUACGGCAGAUGCAAAGCUUCUUAUCCUUGAUGUUCCAGAGCGAUCAAAAAAUGUGGAAUUGUCUGUUCUGCAAAACAGGACUGUAAGAUUAACAUGGGAGCCUGGUUAUAGCCACAAUACUCCCAUAACAGAGUUUAUUGUGGAAGAAAGUACAUUUGAACCUGGAAGGUGGCAUGAAAAGUCUCGAGUUAAUGGGAAUCAAACGUCAGUCGUCUUGCAACUCUCCCCUUAUGUGACCUAUCAGUUCCACGUGUCCGCUGUCAAUAGGGUGGGCAAAAGUCGCCCUAGUGUGCCGACAGAAAAACACACAACACAAUCUGCAGCUCCUGAGAAGAAUCCAAAAAAUGUCAAAGGAGAAGGAACAAAUAUCAACAAUAUGAAAAUUUCAUGGGAGCCACUGAAACGCGUUGACUGGAAUGGGCCUGGACUGAAGUACAACGUUAGUUGGAGACUACAAGGCGUUGACACCAAAUGGCAUGCACAUACAGGCAACAAGCAUCAUCACUUUGUUGAGAAUACCCCAACAUUUGUACCUUAUGACAUCAAAGUACAAGCCAUAAAUGAUAUUGGAGAGGGUCCUGAACCAAAGAUUGUAACAGGAUAUUCAGGAGAGGACUUUCCUGAAGCUGAACCUUUGAACGUUGCUGUUGAAAUCAUGAGCAGUACUUUAGUUAAAGUCAGAUGGUAUGAAGUACCAAAAGAAAAAAUUCACGGACACCUGGGAGGUUAUAAGAUUGUGUAUUGGAAAAUAAAAAGUUUGUUGGAGAGGAGAAAAAGACAUGCUGAAAAACACGUCCUCACUUUCAGUGGACAACGCAGCCAAGGGAUGGUCCCUGGCUUGGACCCUUACAGUGAAUACGGCCUGAUCGUAAUGGUCUUUAACAGAAAGGGUGACGGGCCACAAAGUGAAUUAAUCACUUUCAAAACUCCAGAAGGAGUUCCAGAACAGCCUGCUUUUCUGAGAAUUGGGAAUUUUGCCAAAAGCUCCGUGACUCUGUUGUGGGGGCCUCCAGCAAAACCGAAUGGCAUUCUGAUUGGUUAUUUGCUGAUGUACCAACUCAUUAAUGACACAGAAGGAGAAUUUGGUGAUUUGAAUACCAUUAAUAUCACGGACCAUGACACAAGCAAGGUAGUGGUGUCUGACCUUGACACAAACAGCAAGUAUAUGUUCUACCUGAGAGCUUACACCAAAGCUGGUCUUGGGAGUCUUAUUAUGGAAGAAGGAACAACGAUUACAGAAGGAGUUCCAGUCUUGCUGAACAUCAGUUCUUCUGUAAGUGCAACAUAUGCAAACAUCAGCUGGAUUCCAGGAAUGGGACAUGUAGCUUCUGAAUUUUAUGUUGCAUACAUGAAUAACCGUAAAGGUAAAUGGAAGAUUUCAGACGCAGUAAAUGUUUCCCACAAUUUCCACAUCUUAGAAGGGCUAGAACCUGGAACUGAAUAUACAAUCCGUCUAAUGGCUAAGAACUGGUUUGAUAACACUAGCAUUUUUGAAGAUGUUAUAGAAACGAGGGGAAAAGCUUACGCAGGAAUACACGAAGGAAUAUCUACACGAGGAUGGUUUAUUGGCCUAAUGUGUGCCGUGGCAUUCCUUACUUUGAUUUUAUUAAUUGCUUGUUUCAUAAAGAGAAACAAAGGAGGAAAAUAUUCAGUUAAAGAUAAGGAAGAUGCUCGGGCAGAUCCAGAAGCACAGCCAAUGAAAGAAGAAACUUUUGGAGAAUACGGUGACAAUGAAGACAAACCUUUGAAAGAAAGUCAGCAAUCACUGAAUGAGGGAGUGAAACCAACGGGAAGUGAUGAUAGUUUGGCAGAGUAUGGAGAUGGCGGAUCAGAAGGGGAAUUUAAUGAAGAUGGCUCAUUCAUUGGACAGUACAGUGGAAAUAAAGAGAAAGAUGUCGAUGGAAAUGGAAGCUCUAUCGCCACUUCUCCAGUUAAAGCAUGAGUAACAUGUUCAUGAACUUCACUUGCCUUCUUAAUAUAUUUGUGAUACAACUGAAAAAUUUGGUGCGUUUGAAUUAACUCAGAUUGCCAACGUGUUUAAGAUAAGAGAAUAAAAUGUUUAUGGCCCACAAAGAAGUGAUGUACAAAUAUUUGGUAAAAUUUAAGAUACAGAACACAUUUGGUUGCAGACGAUAUAUUGUGCAAAAUUCUUUAUUCUGAGGGAUAUAUUGUGCAAAGUCCAUGUAAAAUAUAAGUGUCUGUAGAUUCAUAACAGAAAUGGUUUCAGUUGCUGGCACAGUGACAUACAACCAUUUAAAUCCUUGCUGCCAUUAGCAGAUUUAAGUCUUUAUUGUUGUGGUUAGUUUGUGGCUUGUGACCGACCCUAAAUGCUCAGAAGUUAGGAACCUGCAGAAAUAUAAUUGCCAUAAGGAGACCAACACCUGGUACACUGAUAUCUCUUAUUGCAAGGGUAUGAAAGCUCAAAGGACAGUGAAUUGUACUCCUGUUUUUUUUUAAUGAAUAGUACAUCUUUCAAUAUAACAUUUUCAAUAUUGAAAACAAUUUCAAUAUAACUUUUCAAAUGUCUGAAAUUCUCAUGUCAAUUUGAAUGAGAUUAUUUAAAUGAAAUUAUUUGUCAGAAUCUGAUUUUAAAAUAUGAAUAAUUGUUGUUGCAGGCAAGUGGAGACAAUAAAAUUGUACUGUUUAGGUGAACUUAUACUCGAACAGUUGACAACCAUGUGCAGUUGAGGUGCCAGGACUAUAAAUCUUGGUACAUGCUAAACCAUCAUUGACUAUGCACAAGACCAUCCAAACUCCUGCGUGAUUCUUCCAGUGUGCCCAAUAUUCUGCAUUUAAUCAUUGUAUUCACUAUCAGGUGUGGUUAUUAAGCCAAAAGACCACAGCGUACAUUUUGUAACUAGGCACACUUUUAGAAUUUGAGGAGGAUAAUUUUCAACAAAUGGUCAGUGUUUUUUAAACAUUACUUCUUCUGCAGAUUCUUCAAUGAGCACCUUGAGGCAUUACUUCUUGUUAACACACAGACUAGAUGUACUUAAGAAGUAUCUAUAUGUGUGAAUUUAUAUUGUGUAUAAAACAUGUAAAAGAUAGCUUUGUGAUGUUGAACUAAAUAAACUACAUGUUGCCACCCAGAAAAUUGGUAUACUUUGAAAUGCUGUAGGUUCAUUUUUUUUAAAUCGGUGAACAAUUGUGAAGUAAUUGUACUUGUGUUCAAGUUUUUAUUACUAUAGCUUCUAUAUGUCUCAUUAUUGAUUUUUGCUUAACAGUGCUGGCAAAGUUUUAAUUUGUAAGUUAUAUCAAUUUGAAACAUUUUUGUAAAAAGGUUGGAUGAUAUUUAUAUUAAUGAAUUGGAAAGAUUUUGUCAAACUUCUGCAACUUGUGAAGUAACUAUUUCAGUACUUAUACCAGCAAAAAAACAAAAUCAUAACAGAAUACAUCAAAUGUUUUAACUUCAUGUUCUACAAUAGUGUGGUUUAUAGGAAGAAUGGAAUUCAAUCUUGUUGAAUACAAACCUCUUUUCAUUAGUCUUUUGCAAUUUGUGCAGAUUGCAAAUUUGCAACCUUUUCCAACAUGACAGCAUUUUUGAGCUUUGGUUUACACAUGGCUGUGCAUAAUCCUAUCUCAACAUUUAUUUUUCAGGAUGAACUAUUCUAUGAAAAUUAUUCUUCAAUUUGUAUAACCACUAUAUUUACUACAAAUGAACCAUUUAGUAUUUGUAAAAGGCAAACCUUAAUCAUGCUUAGCUUUGUAAAAAAAAAAAAAUCCCUGCUCGAAUGAUUAUCUGAUUCAAUAAAACAACUCCCAGUGCAAUGUCACUUCUUGUAUUUUCUGCAGUCAGGGAGUAUCUUAUUAAUUUGGCCUUUCCUUAUUGAAAUGUUGAUAAACCAAAGUAUAAUUUCUGAUGGCUAGCCUUAUGUUUGUACGACAUAUUUAAUAAUUUUAUAUCUUUGGACUCAGACGCUGCAUGAUUAGCAGAAGGGUCAGUACAUAUAUAUACGAACAAAUUAUACUGCCAACUGACAGCCUGAAGCACAAAACAUGAGAACAGGUUUGUUGCUUUUGAAAUAAACUUGAGGCCAAGGGUAUAAAAACCAAAUACUGACGGUCGUUGUCAGGUUAAAUGUAAGCUGUUGCCCCUCAAGUUACAGAGUAGUUGGUGUCCCUUGUUGAAACUUUUCAUUUCUCUGUAGCUUCGGUUCAAUUGCAGACUUCAAUCGCAGUCAGUAUCUGUGUCGUUUUAUGUCUUCUCAAAAGAAAAUUUGAAAACUUGUAUCAAGUUUAACAGAGCAAUUUUCAUAAUUUGUAUGCUUCCUUCGAUAGUGCAAAUCCCCUCAGAACAGCUGUUAAAUUAUUUAACAUUGUAGUGGUGUGAUGUUAUCAUAAAAUAUGUGUGCAUAUAUGGUGCUUGCAGUCACUAGGCUUAGUUAGAAACAGUUUGUCAGACUAUUUGAUAACUAAUUAAUUGUCACCAUUAAAAAUAACACAGAAAUAAUCCUUCAGGUGAUGCAAAAUUGUGUUUUCAUUGAAAGAUUCAUGUGAGGUUUGCAAACUCAUGUUUUCUACCUGUGUAGCACUUGUAUUAUAUAAAGUCCUUUUGGAAUGUUUCCGCUACUAAUGUGUGUUGUGUAAAUGACCUUGUGAUCUUUCAGAACAUGGAUGCUUGUCUUAUUAAACACAGAAUAACAAUGUU